CUGGGCCGUUGUGAGGAGAACGAUUGAACAAGAAUUUGCAAUUCCUUGGGCGGUCUGAAUCACGCGUAAAUCGCAGAAGAGGAGAAGAGCUUGUCGAAUCUGGACAUCUCCAUCACCAGUACCGAUCGCCGGUAGAAGAAGUAUUAGUAGAAGAGAAAUCCAAGUCGAUCGAUCAUCUCAAUUUUGGCAAGAAGAUUCUAGGGGAAGUGAUUGUACCGAUCGAGAUGAUGAAUGCUUUGCUGAAUUUAUUCGUGACCUUGAUAGCCGUAGCUGAUAUUCAAUCUGCUUUGGCUGUGCCGUCAACUGUGCCAGCAUUUUUGUGGUCUUCUCACGACUAUGAGUUUUCAAGUAAUCGAAUCAAGGAUGCUGUUAACUAUCAGACCAUCUCCCCAAAGGAUCUGACAAAGUUCGUUCUGUCAGAAGGGGGCUGGGCAAACUUACUGUGUUCAGAAAAGAAACUUCAGCAGCAUAUGGAUGUGGCACUUGUUUUUGUUGGCAGGGAGUUACUAUCCUCAGACGUCUCUGGAAACAAAUAUGCAGACACAGCUCUUCUGGACCUGCUCAAGGUUUCUUAUACAAGGUCCAAUUUCUCCCUGGCAUUUCCAUACGUCGCUGUAUCGGAGGAGCAAACAAUGGAAAAUAUUUUGUUCUCUGGGUUUAUGGAGACUUGUGGGUGGGACUCAGCAGUCAGUAAGGUUGCUUUUUCAGAGUCAUGCUCUGUAGAUGGCGAAAACCUCGAAAAGCUUGCAGACCCUGACUCGGUUCAUGACUUUCUGGUUUCAAAUAUGGAAAAGGGACCUACUGGGCAAGCGAACCUAGUUGUGUUCUGUCAUGGAGGCUUUCUCUCUGGGCAAGGACCCAGUCAACCAAAACCUGAAAGUGAAAUUUUCUCUGAGGUUAUCAGUUCCGUGGAGCAGUCGGGGGCAAAAUAUGCAGUCCUUUAUGUUUCGGAUCCCAUGAGGUCUAUUCAGUAUCCUACCCAUCGAGAACUAGAAAGGUUUCUUGCAGAAGGUGUGCGAGGAAAUGGAUCACUUGGUGACAAAGUUUGUGAUGAAGUUUGCAGGAUUAAGUCAUCACUUCUGGAGGGACUUUUGGUUGCGAUUGUUUUACUUAUCAUACUAAUAUCAGGCCUUUGCUGUAUGAUGGGCAUUGAGACUCCAACAAGAUUUGAGGCACCUCAAGAGUCUUGAGUGGUUGGUUGUGAACUUGUGAAAGAUACUACCUUCAUGUUAUUGCACAGAGACCUUAUAUCCCAAGCACUCAAUCAUAAAGAUUGGUUGUUUUGUACCCUCUUUGCACAGAGAUGUUAACAUGUAAUAUUCGUUUGUUCACUUAUUGAGAGUAUUUGCUGCCCGGCAAAAAGAAAAGAAAGAGACAAAACACUUGGAAUGGGUAUUCUCCUGUGCUAGGAAUAAUGGAGUAAUAAUUUUGUUUCUAUCAAGUUAUGUAUCCCUCUUCCGUCCUUGUAUUUAUAAUGUCAAGAUCCAUAAUUCACUUUUGAGUAGAAUUGAAGCUAGAAGUUUGAUGAAUAUUGAUGCUAUAUUUUCAUUAAAUUAGCAGAGCCGAGUGUUCUUCUUUU